AUGCAGCAGCACAAGAGCGCAACCGAGUUCACGAAGGACACCGAGUUCUGGGGCAAUGUGGCCAAGAAGUACAACUCGAUGGGCAACCUCGGCACUCUGCUCGCCGUCGAAGCCUUGCGACUGCUCAACCUUACCGACCAGGACCGGUUCGUGCUUGACGUGGCGGCGGGCACCGGCAACUUUGCCCUACAGGCCGCCCGGGAGCUCAAGCGCCUCCACCCGCAGGGCGGUGCCCAGGUGCUGGCGACCGACUUUGCCGAGGCCAUGCUCGGAGCCUGCAAGUUCGAAGUCGACCAACAGGGACUCGGCGACAUCAUACAAUGCAAGCUCAUGGACGCCCAGGACUUGGGCGAGAUCAAGGACGGCAGCGUGGACGCCGUUGGCUGUGUGUUGGGCGCCAUGGAGAUGCGCCGUGUGCUGCGCGAAGGUGGUCGGGCGGCGAUCGUGGUGUUGCACAAGGUGGCCACGGUCUCGUUGAUGACCGAGCUCUGCGCCCGGCUCGACGCCAGCGACCAGAGGCCGCCCCUCGACCUGGCCCAAGCGGCCUACAAGCUGGCCGACGCCGAUUUCUUCCGGGCGCAGCUCAACCAGGCCGGCUUCGCGGGCGACCACGUGGUGAGCAUCACCAAGUUCGAGGGCGACUGGACCGGUCUCGAGGUGGACAACGUCGUGGGCUGGGUGCUCGACAAUCCGGUGGUGAGCCAGCGCUACUCUGAGAGGAGGGACGAGGUCGAAGCCACGCUGCGCCAGCUCCUCACCGACCCCGGCUCGCCGUUCUACAUUCACGCCAAGUGGCAGAACCAAACCCUCAUCGCCCUCGUGCAAAAGUAA